GAGGAAGGCCGCCCGCCCGCCCUCAGCGGAGGAAGGACGGGCUGUAAGAUGGCGGCGGCGGAGGAGCGGCUCCUGUCGGAGGGGGAAGGCGGCGCCCCGGGCUCGGCGCGGCUCUCCCCGCCCCCGCUCUCGCAGUCUCCCGAGGCCCCGGCGCCCUUGGAGCAGCCGCCUCAAAGCAAUACGCUGAUGGGGCUGCCCAUCGUGGCCAUCGAGAGCAUCCUCAGCUUCCUGUCCUACGACGAGACAAGCCAGCUCCGCCUGGUUUGUAAACGAAUGGACUUGGUUUGUCAACGAAUGUUAAAUCAGGGAUUUCUAAAAGUGGAAAGAUACCACAACUUGUGUCAAAAGCAAGUUAAAGCUCAGCUUCCAAGGCGAGAGUCAGAAAGAAGAAACCAUUCGUUAGCUCGUCAUGCAGACAUCCUUGCUGCUGUAGAAACGAGACUCUCUUUGUUAAAUAUGACUUUCAUGAAGUAUGUGGAUUCCAAUCUCUGUUGCUUCAUACCUGGAAAGGUAAUAGAUGAAAUUUACCGUGUGCUAAGGUAUGUAAACUCUACACGAGCUCCUCAGAGAGCUCAUGAAGUUCUUCAAGAACUAAGGGACAUUUCUUCCAUGGCUAUGGAAUAUUUUGAUGAGAAGAUUGUUCCAAUACUGAAAAGGAAGCUUCCUGGGUCAGAUGUAUCAGGACGUCUGAUAGGAGCUGCCCCAGGAACUUUAAUAAAAACAACAUUCCCAAGCUCAAAUACCAGUAUGGUUUUAGGACUUAGGAAGAAUGAGUGUACAUCGUCAUGGAAAAUAAAUCCCCUUCUUCUAAAAAUUCCAGGGCCUUCUGCAGCACUAACAACAAUGCAGCUGUUCUCCAAGCAGAAUCCUUCAAGACAGGAAGUCACCAAACUCCAGCAGCAAGUAAAAGCAAACGGUGCGGGUGUGACAGUGCUAAAGCGGGAGAUCUCGGAGCUUCGCGCCAAGGUGCAAGAGCAACAGAAACAACUCCAAGAUCAAGAUCAGAAACUGCUAGAGCAAACCCAAAUCAUAGGCGAACAGAAUGCCCGAUUGGCUGAGCUUGAGCGCAAGCUGCGAGAGGUGAUGGAGAGCGCAGUAGGAAGUUCUUCGGGUUCUGGUUCAAACGAACAAUCUCCUAGAAAACGGAGGAAGGCGGUAGAAUCCACAGACUGUCCUAGGAAAUCUAAACGCCUUCGAAACAGAAAAUAACUUGGGGAGUCACUGACGCCUUUGGGAAGAUACACUGCUUUAGUAGCCCAAGCAGGUCUGCUCUUUCGGAUACUGUGACUAGCUUCAUGGUGUCACGUAGGCUGCUGGCUCUUCAAAACACCACUUAGACUUGAACAUAAAUUUUCUUUCAUUGAGACUUUUCCCCUGCUUUCUGGAUGGGUGGGCCUAAUGCACAGGAUCUUUAAGAUUUGCAAUAGAUACAUACUAACCAGACCUGCUCUGUUACAUUUUGAAGGGUUAACCUCUUUUUUUUUUUUUUUUCCGUGCAAAUGUGUUGAAAGUAAACUUAUUUGUGUUUAUGCGUAUGUUCACAUAAAAUCUUAAAUAAAUUCAGUCUUAACUGACUAAAAAGUUGAUCUUAAAAACAGAUGUCCUGUUCACUUGAAGAAAAGACACGCUUUUAAAAUCAUGUUUUAGAGAACUUGACUUUUUUUGUUACAAGUGACCUUGUCUGGAAUGUCUGAAAAGUAGUGAAUACUUUUUUGGGAUCUCUGUAACAAGUAAAACUGACUUCUUAAGCUACGGUAUUGCCUAUAUAUUUUUGUAAGCUUACAAGGAAAAGCCUUCUAUCCAGACUUCACAUGCACACACCCUAGUUCUAGGUUUUGGGAGCCAUAUUCUACAUCUGCAUAGAUAGAUGCGUGUAGAGCUUAGCCUGCUAAAAGCACUUGUCUGAAGUUGCCCUUAACUCUGGGAGAGAGUACAGAGACCUAUAGAGCAAUUCCUUUGUUCCUCAGCCACAGCUCCGCCCCUGCUGUCAGCACAACUGCUGUCUUACAGCGGGCUGGUCUUAGGGAGCUGGCAGCAGGAGUGCUGGAAGCCAGGCUGCCUGCCGCUUUCACUGCCCAGAUACUGCAGGUAUUGUUGGCCAAAGCUGGAGAACCGAGAAGCUGCCUAUGUGUCACUGGAUUCAUAGGUGGUACCCCAUUCAACUUGGCAUGGCGCUGAAAAUGCAAAAUGCUGAAAAUGCAAAUGUAGCUGUUCAGAACCCUGACACUGUUACCAGAGGUUGAAGUGCAGCUUUCUCUUAUGACUUUGUAGAGCUGACAGCUUAACAUGGCGCUUGUACUUGGAUCACCAACAAAAUCAGAAAUUGUCAAAUGCUCAAAUGUUCUAAAAUUGUAGGAGAACAGAUAUUUUUCUUGAAACUUAAGGAUUUUGCUUCUGGAACAUAUUGGCUCCUGUCAGGAGUGACAACGCAAAUGCCUGAUUUUUGGUAGACUGUUUUCAAAUAAACUUGCUUGACAGUUCUAGGCUUUUCAGAAGGCAUGUUUCUUAAGAAGAGCACUGAGCAAGUGGUACAAGGUUAUCUGAGGGAGACACUGAACUGGUAAAGGACGAUUUGCUAUUACUGGUCUUCCACAGCUCAUAUAUGUUUUGCUGUUAAAGAUCUCUUGAAGGUAGGUAUUUUGAAUCAUUCAAAAUGCCAAUGUACUAAAUGUAAUCGCUGUAUCAUUCAGUGCAAAUUCAUCUUGUGUUCAAGAAACGUUUAGAUGUUGUGUUGAGAGACAUGGUUUAAUGGGGUUAUUGGCGGUAGGUGGAUGGUUGGACUGGAUGAUCUUGUAGGUCUUUUCCAACCUCGCCAAUUCUAUGAUUCGAUGAUUCUAUGAUCUGAUGGUCUUUCAGGUAGACAGAGUCAUGUAACAAUGCAGUUACCAGAUACUUGUGGUUAAAUACUUCCAAACAAGCAUAAACUUGUGAAUUGCAUUUAUUAAAAAGGCUUAUUCAUACGUCUCUUAA